AUGUUUAUAUUACGUCUCAUCAUCCUUUUAACCCAGUUGUUAUUGCGAUCCACAAGCGCAGAAGCUGCAGCUGCAGCACCGGCAUCCCCUGCAGAUAAAAGCGGCAAUCAAACCACGAUUCCCCAAGUACCUGUAGGCGGUGCGGCUAGUGGUAAUCGAACAACGCGCGACCCUGCACCUGCAGGUGGUGCGGCCGGAGGAAAAGGAGCAACCCGUGUCACUCUCGACUAUGGCGACUUCAAUGGAAAAGCGCAAGGAGGAGUGGACAUUUGGAGCUCAAUUCCUUAUGCUGAACCACCCCUUGGCGCCAGACGUUUUGCGUCUCCUGUUGCUCCCACCAAAAAAUACCCAAACUUUGAUGCUACCAAAAUUUCACCUGGAUGUGCUUCGUCUGACCCUCUAGCCGGCGCAGACCCCUCUUCCUUCAACCAAACCAUCUUAGCUGUCUUACAAUCCCUUCCAAAAGGUACACAAUCAGCCACAGAUACAAGACCUGGUCAAGAAGACUGUUUGACCCUAGACGUAACUAGGCCUUCUGGGUUAGGCGGUAAUGAAAAGCUGCCCGUCAUCUUUUGGAUUUCGGAAAGCGCUUCAGGAGCGGUCAACCCAGCAGGUUUGAUGGCACGCGGAAAGAUGAUCCAGAAACCAUUUAUCUGGGUUUCAGCAAAUUGGAGAUCAAGCGUGUUUGGGUUUUUGGGUGGCAAAGAAAUCGCUGCUGCUGACGCCGGCAAUCUCGGGUUGAAAGACCAAAGAUUGGCCUUGGAAUGGGUUCAGAAACACAUUUCCAAGUUUGGAGGAGAUCCUAAGCGAGUUACUCUGUAUGGAUCGAAUUUGGGCGGUAUGGCUGUAUCUCACCAACUUGUGGCCUUUAACGGUGACAGUAAGGGCUUGUUCCAGAAUGCGAUCCUUGGAGGAGCUGUUGCGCUUCCCAGUCCUAAAAUAGCAUCGGGUCAAGCAACGUAUGACAAAUUCGCUAAAGCAGCUGGUUGCCCAGUUGGCGCAGGCUCACUCGCUUGUUUACGUGAAGCCAAAUUGGAAAAAUUAGUGGCUGCUGCCAAUACUUUCCCUGGAAUCUUCUCUCGCCAGAGAUACCCUUUGCCAUUCCACGCCUACGUCGAUGGGAAGUUUCUCACAGGAUCUAUUCAAGAUUUAGCCAAAGCAGGAAAAGUGGCCAAGGUUCCCAUCAUCCUAGGAUCCACCGACGACUCUGGAACGGUGGACACCUUGGUCGAAGCUGCACACAUCUUCAAUGAAACCGGUGUUACACCAUGGUUACAGCAACUUCUUCCUGGUGCCACACCCAAAGAUCUCGCCACCCUCUUGAAACUUUAUCCCUCUGACCCGGCCCAAGGUUCACCUUUCAAUACCGGUACACAAAACCAAUUGAACGCUGUCUCAAAGCAGAUUGCAGCUCUGUUUGGAGAUAUUGCCUACCAAGGGAUUCGAAGAUUCUUCUCACAAUCAGUCCAGGCUUCUGCGCCGGUCUAUGGUUUCAUUGACCGUGGUUCCAAAAAUACCAAAUACCUUGGUUCAUACGCUGGUGUGAACACCUUGAGCGUCUUGAAGGCUCCAGCUGCUGGAAGAAGUACCGAUAUUCAAACUCGUUACUUGAAUUUCGUCUACACCAAUGAUCCUAACCCAAAGGGAGUAAAAGUUCAAUGGCCUAAAUAUGGACCUACCGCUCAGCUCAUGGAGUUUUCUGAUACUGAAACCGGAAAGAUUGUACCUGAUGACUUUAGAAAGGAAGGAAUUCAGUAUUACAUCACAGAUAUCAUGGGUGAUAGUGCGAAGGGUAAACCUUCUGCUCAAUUUGCUAAAACUUGA